AUGCCCAUCGGACCUGCCAACGACACCUUCCCAGAUGGCUUCAUCCUGUUGGGGUUCUCAGAUAAACCCCGACUGGAAAUGACCCUCUUCGUGCUGGUGUCCAUCUUUUACAUGGUCACCCUCGGGGGCAACAUCACCAUCAUCCUGCUGUCCCACCUGGACCCCCAGCUCCACACCCCCAUGUACUUCUUCCUCAGCCAGCUCUCCGUGCUGGACCUCUGCUUCACCACCAGCUGCAUCCCCCAGAUGCUGGUCAACCUGUGGGGCCCGGACAAGACCAUCAGCUACCUGGGCUGUGCCGUCCAGCUCUACAUCUUCCUGGGGCUGGGGGCUGCUGAGUGCGUGCUGCUGCUGGUCAUGGCCUUCGACCGCUACGUGGCCGUGUGCCGGCCCCUGCACUAUGCUGUCAUCAUGCACCCCAGACUCUGUCACAAACUAGUCUUCCUUGUCUGGGUCAGUGGGAUUUUUGGCACCUUGGUCCAGUCCCCCUCUACCAUGAAGCUGCCCUUCUGCCCUCACCACCGGGUGGACGAUUUUCUCUGUGAGGUCCCUGCCCUGAUCCACCUGGCCUGCAGGGACACGCACGUCAACGAGCUCCAGAUAUCCAUGAUCGGCGGCACCUUCCUCCUGGGGCCUCUCCUGCUCAUCCUGGUCUCCUACGGACACAUUGCCCAGGCGGUGCUGGCCAUCCAGUCCCAGGCGGGCAGGAGCAAGGCCUUCCGCACCUGCUCCUACCUGGUCGUCUUCCUGUUCUACUGCAGUGCAAACGUUUUCUACAUCAAACCAAAGAGUAAAUUUUCUCAGAAAUCUGGGAAGAUCUUCACCCUUUUCUACACGGUGGUGACCCCCACGCUCAACCCCCUCAUCUACACCUUGAGGAACAAGGACAUAAAGGGGGCUGUCAGAAGACUCUUGGGGAAAGGCAGGAAGGCCGCGGGGGACUAAAGGACUUGGCAUCAGGUCAGUGGCCUCGUGUCUCCCACUGAAGGAAGUGACAUGCUCGUGGUGGGGUCUCUGCGAUCAACCAGACCAGAAUCCCUUGUCUCAUGUAGUCGCCUGACAGAGCAAACCAAAGGGGGCACCGUCAGUCUCGACUAUGCCAUCAUGAGAUGCUGCUCUCAUGCAUUGGAGUGGACCCCACGGCAGCCAUUUCCAGAGCCUUGUACCAGGAAUGAACCAGCUGACGAGGGAGGGCGGGGCAGGCAGCAUCGGCUCAGCACUGGGACCAGAACCAGGAGGACAGGCAGGUGCUGUGAUGCCCUGGUGGCCUCUGGGAGAUGACCUGUGAGACUCAUUGUGACAGGAUUGGCAGUGCCACUUUUAAGCUAGCAGUUGAGAGACAAGGUGAUGGAGGAUAUUAGGCUUAAUGAGCUGGGUGUCAGGAUUGCCCCAUCAAGGCCCUCUCCUGAGCUGGUCAGCAGAGCAUGGCUGUCAGACCGGGAGACACCAAGGACCACCAUUCGUCCCCACAUUGCUCCUGCUCGCCAAUCAGCAUGCGUGCCAGCUGCUCACCACCUGUGAGGAAAGUGCGUUAAAAUCAGGCUAUUUUUCACCUUGCACCCUUUGGACAUAUAGCAGGCAACAGGUGGGCCUUACAACAAUGUAUGUUUCGUGUGGCAAUUGGCACUUAUUAGUGUAAAGGGGGCUCAGUGGCUAUUCUGCCUCAGAGUCAGAGUCUCAUUGACUGCCUAUGUGUAUGGUCCCGUUUCCUUA